UCCCGCUGUCUGUUCCAGCUGUACUCCCUCUACUGUACACUCCUCCUCCUCUCCUCUACUGUUACCAGACUGUUGAGCCCAGCCUGUGUGGACUAACUGAAGCAAUGAAUGCAGGCAUCUGUGUAUGUGUACUGCUGGCUGCGUUCUCUGGCAGCAGUUUGGGGCGCCCGUCGCACUCGCAGGAUGAGGACAAGCCUGAGCCCCCCCAGCUCGACAGCGUUAUGUCUCCCCAACACACACGCCACACCCGCUCAGCGCCCUCCAGUGGCCAGCUCACCCCCUUCUCCAAACCGUCAGAGGACGAGGCAGAGGACCCCCGCACCAGUCUGCACGAACUACUGGCAAGAUUGAUAUCCAGGAAAGGAUCCUUCCAGAGGAGCUCGUCCCUGAGCAGCAGAGCCAGCGGUCCGGGUCCCAGCCACAAGAUAAAGGACAGAGACUACCUGGGCUGGAUGGACUUCGGACGCCGCAGUGCAGAGGAGUACGAGGAGUACUCCUCAUAGAAACAGACGCUCCACCACUAAAUCCAUCUCAAUUAUCAGAAUCGGAAAACAAAAAAAUCAUUGUCCCCAAAAGCUAUAUUUAUUAUGAUGUAUUUGAUGUAAAUGUGUUUGUAAAACUGAUAUGAAGCAAUAUAUAUACAGUACGUAUACAGAUUUUU